UCUCUACAGAUCACAUCAUUUCAGUCCUGGACUGUGAACCGAGUACAUCUCAACCACGAGAACACAACCCGUCUCUCCAAGACCAAAGCGUCAAGAAAGAGAAAAGCUUGAAAAAGAAACGAAGAAGAGCAAAGACAGUAGAAAGGAAAAUGUCUCAACACAGAAAGAAUAAAGAUGUCAAACAAAGCCCUCUGGAUCCAGACAUGGAGAAUGAGGCAGACCAGAUCGCUGACACGCUGGUCUCAGAGACACUGGAUCGGGCUGCUGGCAAUAUCAAUGAACUGAUGCAGUCGAUCAGCCGGUGGGAGACUGAGGAACACUCUAAGUCAGCAGCUGAUCACGACAAGGAUGCAUCCUCAGUGGCUUGUUGCACCAACCAAAAACUGGGGCAGGAGUUGCACAGGUUUUUUAACAUGCGGCGAGUGUUUGCAGAGCACCGUGAACAGGACGUCACAGAGGAAGACCUAAUGACAGAGAUGGAUGCAGGUUCCAGCAACUCCAAAAACAUGAAACCUAGUGAGAUGUCAAUAUCCUCCAGUAAGGACAUCAGUGUCACUGUAAAGGCUGACAAGACACAAACAUCCAGUAAGUCAGACACAAAAAAGGAUGGACAGACUGGAAAAUAUAACAGGUUUUUGAAGUCUGCAGGGAAGAGAGUGACAUUCUUUACAAAGAAGAGCGGGAACAAGGUUCACCCAGCUCCAGACCAACACGAGGAAGAGGCAGCCAAGUCAAGCAGUCAGAGCUCUUCACUUCCUCAAAAGGCAUCCUCCGUCACAGUGUGCUCCAGAGCUGACAUCAGGACUACUACCAAAUCAGAUCUGAGCACUAUCCCUCUGGAACUAGUGGAUGUGGACAACAAAGAUGAGAAUGUCACACCAGAGGAAUUCAUGGAGGAAGACCUGGUUACAGAUAUGGAUGGAUGUAUGGAUGUUGUCGGAUCAGCCACCAGCGACUCACCAUCCAAAGACAUUGAGACAAAGCCAAUUGAGAUGUCCCCCACUGCCUCAGCAUCCGCCAGUAAGGACAUCAGUGUCACUGUAGAGGCUGACAAGACUCAAACAUCCAGUAAGUCAGACUCAAAAAAGGAAAGACAGACUGGAAGAUAUGCCAGGUUUUUUUGUAACACGGUGAAGUCUACGGGUAAGAGUGCAACGCUCUUCAGAAAGAAGAGAGAGAACAAGGGUCACCCAGUUCCAGACCAACAUGAGGAAGAGGUAGCUGAGUCGAGCAUACAGAGCUCUUCACUUCCUCAAGAGGCAUCCUUCGCCAUCUCAGUUCACUACACUGAUGACAUCAGGACUGCUACCAAAUCAGAUCUGAGCACUGUCCCUCUGGAACGGGUGAAUGUGGACAACAAAGAUCAGGAUGUCACAACGGAGGAAUUCAUGGGGAAGGACCUGGUUACAGCUAUGGAUGUAACACCAGGAACCUCCCAGGUCCAGCAAGGAUCAGAAUAUGUGGAUGAGGUCGUCGGAUCAGCCACCAGCGACUCACCAUCCAAAGACAUUGAGACAAAGCCAAUUGAGAUGUCCCCCACUGCCUCAGCAUCCGCCAGUGAGGACAUCAGUGUCACUGUAGAGGCUGACAAGACUCAAACAUCCAGUAAGUCAGACUCAAAAAAGGAUAGACAGACUAGAAGAUAUACCAGGUUUUUUUGUAACACAGUGAAGUCUACGGGUGAGAGUGCAACGGUCUUUGGAAAAAAGAGCGGGAACAAGGGUUACCCAGUUCCAGACCAACACAAGGAAGAGGUAGCUGAGUCAAGCAUACAGAGCUCUUCACUUCCUCAAGAGGCAUCCUUUGUCAUCUUAGUUCGCUCCACUGCUGCCAAAUCAGAUCUGAGCAUUGUCCCUCUGGAACGGGUGGAUGCGGACAACAAAGAUCAGGAUGUCACAACAGAGGAAUUCAUGGAGGAAGACCUGGUUACAGAUAUGGAUGCAACACUAGGAACCUCUCAGGUCCAGCUAGGAGCAGAACAUGUGGAUGAGGUUGUUGGAUCAGCCACCAGUGACUCACCAUCCAAAGACAUUGAGACAAAGCCAAUUGAAAUGUCCCCCACUGCCUCAACAUCCUCCAAUGAGGACAUCAGUGUCCCUGUAGAGGCUGACAAGACUCAAACAUCCCCUAAGUCAGACAAGGAGAGACAGACUGGAAGAUAUGCCAGGUUUUUGUACAAAACAGCGAAGGCUGCGGGGAAGAGUGUGACGAAACUCUUUAGAAAGAAGAGUGGGGACAAGGGUUACCCAGCUCCAGAUCAACAUGAGGAAGAGGUAGCUGAGUCAAGCAGUAAGAGCUCUUCACCUCCUCAAGAGACAUCCUCCCUCACCUCAGUGCGCUCCAGUGAUGACAUCAGGACUGCUGCCAACUCAGAUCUGAGCACUGUCCCUCUGGAACUGGUGGAUGUUGACAACAAAGAUCAGGAUUUAACACUAGAGGAAUUCAUGGAGGAAGACCUGGUUACAGAUAUGGAUGCAACACCAGGAACCUCUCAGGUCCAGCUAGGGGCAGAACAUGUGGAUGAGGUCGUCGGAUCAGCCACCAGCGACUCACCAUCCAAAGACAUUGAGACAAAGUCAAUUGAGAUGUUCCCCACUGCCUCAACAUCCGCCAGUAAGGACAUCAGUGUCACUGUAGAGGCUGACAGGACACAAAUAUCCAGUGAGUCAGACUCAAAACAUGAGAUACAGACUGAAAGAUAUACCAGCUUUUUGUCUAAGGUGAAGUCUGCGGGGAAGAGCGUGACAAAGCUCUUUAGAAAGAAGAGCGGGAACACGGGUCACCCAGCUCCAGACCAACAUGAGAAAGAGGCAGCCGAGUCAAGCAGUCAGAGCUCUUCACCAACUCGAGACCUGGUUACAGACAUGAAUGCAACACCAGGAACCUCUCAGACAAAACCAAGUGGGAUGUCCCCCACUGCCUCCACUGAGAACAUCAGUGACACUGCAGAGGCUGACCGGACACAAACAUCCAGUGAGUCAGACUCAAAAACUGAGAGACAGACAGGCAGAGGUACCAGUGUUGUCAUACAAAGGAGGAAGUUCAUGGACUUCUUCAGAAAGAACAAAAUUCACCCUAUUCCGGAGGAAGAGGAUGAUGCAUCAGACAGUCAGAGUACACCAAGCUCUUCGUCUCCUCAAGUGGCAUCCACCCCCACCCACAUGCACUCCAGUGAGGACAUGAAUACUGCUGUGAAAGCUUGCCCGAGCCAUGCCCCUCUGGUACUGGUUGAUGUUGACGAUGAAGAUAUAGUAUCAGAACCACUCCCCAUCAGAUCAUCACCAGCAGCAGGGCAUUGUGAAGACAUGGUCAUGGACAGGUACUCCACCCCAGGACCCUCAGGCCAAGACAAACAUCCCCAACCAUCCCAGGAAGGCAGUAGAGCAGCAGUACAGCUCCAUGGACUGAAACACGUCUUUUACAUCAUCAUUAAAGAAUUCUAUGGCAGCCUCACUGACGAGCAGCUGGAGGAAAUAAAGAGAGGUGUUUACAACAUGGAUGUGAAGGAGCAGAUCAUUGACAUGGGUAUGGAGGUGUUAAGGCAUUCCAUAGAGGCCAUCACAUACGCUCUAUCACAGGCCAUCAAUCAAUCAUCCGCUCCGCAGUAUGGCACCAUGACAAGUCCCACUUGUUCCGAGGAAUGCAAUACAGAGCAAGUUGGCCAGAACUUGCCCUCAGAGCUUGUCAGGGAGAGCUUUGCCAUCACUGACGAUGACAUCCGGACAAGUGUGAAAAGCUCCUUAGGCAUGGCUUUUUGUGACGUGCUUCGUUCAGACAGGACAAUUAAAAUACCACCCAAACUCACUGCGACCAUUGUGAAAACGGUCACUGACGAGCUCAACUCCCUUUUGUCAGAGACCAUACAAGCCUCACUGGACGAAGUAUCCUCCAUUGUUCCUACUGCCACCUGCUGCCAGUUUUCAAGUUGCAGAAGAUGCAAGGAGAUGCUGAUGGGAGUUGUCACAAGAAUGAAGUUCUGGCUCACAUUUCAAGACAUUGCAAGGAAUCAGAGAUAUUCAGAUCCUCACACUGACAAUUCCAGAUUUGUGACUGCAAGUGACAGCAAAGACCCCAAGAAGACUUUGCUGUGGUGGAGCUGCUUAAUAAGAUGGUGGAGACGUGAAAGCCAGAUACAGGCGGAGCAGGUUGUCGAUUCAUCUGGAGAUAGCCGCUCUUUGACUCCUGAAACAACAUCCACCAGCUCUUCAGCUGAAAAUGGGGACACCAUGUCAGAGGAGAGCAGAAACAGCCCACCUCCACACUCCACUGGCUACUUUCCACCAGCUAAUCUCGAGGAUAAUACCACUAUCUCAGAUUACCCAGAGAGUCCAUCUGUGGCCGAAACUCAGUACAGUGACUCGAGUGCUGAGAGCAGCAACGGAGUCUGCCGAGUCCUCUGCAAGGGCAAGAGCAAGAAAGAAGAAAUGGCGGCUUCAACUCAAGAAGACACCAUUCGGACCAAAAAGCAUUCUCUGCUGAAAAUAAUCUGGAAGUGCUGCUGCUGCCUGUGCUGCUGUUGCUGUAACGAUGCUCUAGAAUGAAAACCUUUACCUUUACCAACCCAAAACCCAACUCUACACCCUCUUUCUACCUUCCUACUUUCCUUCUACUCCCCUUCUUCCCUUUCUCACCCUUUCACCCUACUUUCUUCCCCCAACCCUACUCUUUCUCCCCUCUUUAUACCCCCCUGCUUUCCCUCUACUCCCCCUCCUCCCUUUCUCCCCUUUUUCCACCCUACUUCAACUCUUAACCCUACUCUUUCUCCCCUCUUUCCACCCCCCUACUUUCCCUCCUCCCUUUCUCCCCCUUUUCACCCUACUUUCAUCCCCCAACCCUACUCCUUCUCCCCUCUUAAUACCCCGCUGCUUUCCCUCUACUCCCCCUCCUCCCUUUCUCCCCUUUUUCCACCCUACUUCAACUCUUAACCCUACUCUAUCUCCCCUCUUUCUACCCCCCUACUUUCCCUCUUCCCUUCCUCCCCCUUUCACCCUACUUUCAUCCCCCAACCCUACUCUAUCUCCCCUCUUUCUACCCCCCUACUUUCCCUCCUCACUUCCUCCCCCUUUCACCCUACU